CCCGUGACCAAGCGCACGCUGGCGGAGCUCACCGCCUUCCGCAUGCCAAACCAGACCAACCGGCUGGCGGUGCAGUUUGACCCCUACACCGCGCCGCGGGUGCCCUUCAUCUCUGGAAUCGAGGUGUUUGAGAAGAACCACCGCACCACGCCGCACGUGCACCCACACGCCCACGAGCUCUUCUUCAUCCUGGCGGGCGAGGGCACCGGCUUCUGCGGCAGCGAGCGCUUCCCAGUCUCGGCCGGCGACGUUGUUGUGUUCCGGCCUGGGGCGGUACACGGCAUAGACGUGGGCGCAGCGGGACGCAUGUACUGCCUGGAGCUCAUGGUGCCUAACGAGAGCUUUGCCGAGUUUGUGCGCAUGGGCACCGCCGGCUCGCUGGCGGAAGAGGACAUGUGUGUCCUGGCC